CUCUGCCUUUCACACAAGCUGGGCAUCUGUACCAGGAGCCCACUGAAUACACUAAUUACAGAAUUGAAAGAUAAACAUCAUGAGUAUUUCUUCAUUAGGAGGUAUUGGGAAAGGGAGGCCUGUACCAUCUGGCGAAGAGGAGCGCAGUAAUAUCCUAAAACAGAUGAAAGUACGAACUACACUGAAGGGUGACCAGAGCUGGAUCACCAAGCAUGACGACUCUGAGGACCAUGCCAUAGAGCAACUCUCAAGUCAAAGCCGAGCCACAUCCAGAGACGAAUCAAAUGUCAGGUCUCCAAACACAAGGGCUCCUGCUGGUUACAUCAUCCGGGGAGUGUUCACCCGAACAAUAGAUAGCUCUUCUCACUCCCAGCAUCGCCCCUCUAAGACCAACGGCGCUCCAAGAAGUGCUUCUGGGAAGCUGGGAGCAGCUAAUUCUGGUCGUCCUCUUCAGUCUGGCUAUAAGAUGACUACAGAAGAUUAUAAGAAGCUAGCACCGUACAACAUCAGGCGCAGUUCCAUAUCAGGGACUGAGGAAGAGGAGGUACCAUUCACCCCAGAUGAGCAGAAACGGAGGUCCCAGGCUGCAAUUGGUGUUCUGAGGAAGACAGCCCCACGGGAGCACUCUUACGUCCUUUCAGCAGCUAAGAAGACCACUAGCAGUCCUACUCAGGAGCUGCAGUUGCCAUUCAUUGCAAAAAGGGUUGAUGUGGUAGAUGAGGACGUGCUUCCUGAGAAAAAACAGGAACCAUCUGCUCUGGCAAGACCCAAUCCUGACUUAAGCAGCUUAACAACUGAGAAGAUUGUCCAUCUGCAGAUCACAACCCCCAGAGCAGGACUCCACCUGGUGGCUCCAGAUCUGGAAGUCCUGAGCCCCUCAGCUGAUUGUAAGGUGAAUGUGGCCCCCAAGACCAUCGAAGCCGGGCAAGAGAUGUCUGCUGAUAUGAGACGUGGCCAAGGAGAUGUACUUACAGCAGCUCAACAUUCUGCAGAUCCCAGCAUCCCAGACCUGCAGAGCAGCCCCAGUGUACCCAAUCAGCUCAUCAAACAUGAUGCUUGUGCCAGCAGCACUGCAGAUGCUUGUGAGGAGAAAAAUGCAGCCCCCAAGAUCAAGGCCUUACAGGAGACAUCUGGACAAAGUGACUCAACUGUGGCUUCCCAACAACUUGCAGAUCUCAGCAUCCCAGAGCCACAGAGUAGCUCCAGUGGACCUGAGCAGCAAAUCAAAGUAGAGGACUGUACCGACAAGCAAAAAAGCCCUUCAAGCUGUAUGGUCACUGUUACGAUCUCUGACACCUCCAAACAGUCUCAAUUGUGUGUUCCUAGUGUCUCAAGUGAGGUGGACUCCAGCUCAACUGUCAAAGGAAUUCUCUUCGUGAAGGAGUAUAUGAAUGCUAGUGAAGUGUCUUCUGGGAAGCCAGUGUUUUCACACUGUGACAGCAUUGAGGACUCAUUGGAUCUGGCAAAGAAACACCCACAUGGAGGCACUCCAUCUUCUGAGAGACCAACUGAAGGGGUCUGUACUUACUGUAGCCAUGAGAUCCAAGAUUGUCCGAAGAUUACCCUUGAACAUCUUGGCAUCUGCUGCCAUGAGUAUUGUUUUAAGUGUGGUAUUUGCAAUAAACCGAUGGGUGAUCUCCUAGAUCAGAUCUUCAUUCACCGUGACACCAUCCACUGUGGGAAAUGCUAUGAGAAGCUCUUCUAGGCUGAACAGAAGCUGAUGAUCCCCAGCUGUAUUUGGCUGUCCAGUUGACCCAAAUUGUUGGCUCUUCCUCCCUUACAUCCUCCAUGGUUCCACUGUACUUCUGUUCACCUUGUACUGAAGUAGCAUACAUCUAAGAUUGUAUCGCAAUGAUGUUAUAAUUACUUUUGUGUAGCCUUUUAUACCUUAGGAGUAUCUCAGUUCAGGCUUGAAACCCUUGCUUCCAGGAUAAAUGA